CCUCACCCUGCCCAGGUAACCACGAUCACGUGACCAGGUUGGGCCGGCCGUUCAUGACGUCGUGUUCGUUCUGGUCAGCUGAUGCUCGCGACGCAGUGGAUUUAGAGACUACAGGACUUCACUUUUAUCAGUUUCUGCGCUAUAUUCUCCCCUUAGUGCAUUGGAAAGAAGGCAGUGCAUUAUGGGGGAGCUGUUUCGCAGUGAGGAGAUGACCCUGGCCCAGCUCUUCCUACAAUCAGAGUCAGCCUACUGCUGUGUCAGUGAGCUGGGGGAGAUCGGCAUGGUGCAGUUUAGAGACUUGAACCCAGAUGUCAACGUUUUUCAGAGGAAGUUUGUAAAUGAAGUCCGUCGUUGUGAGGAAAUGGACCGGAAACUGAGGUUUGUUGAGAAGGAGAUUAGAAAGGCUAACAUACCUGUUGUAGACACAGGAGAGAACCCAGAGGUCCCUCUUCCUCGAGACAUGAUUGACUUAGAGGCAACUUUUGAAAAGCUGGAGUUUGAGUUGAAGGAGAUCAACACCAACCAGGAAGCACUGAAGAAGAACUUCCUGGAGUUGACAGAGCUCAAGCACAUCCUCAGGCGAACACAGCAGUUUUUCAAUGAGAUUGAAAGGCCAUACUCUGAAUUCCUCGUCACAUCCCAGCCGCUGAUGGUGAUGUCAAACUGCCCUUCCCAAGACCAGUUCAGCAAGAUGGAAGAUCCUUCACUUUUGGAAGAAUCAUCAACCUUAAUAGACACAAAUGAGGUUGGACGCGCUGCUCCUCUCAGGCUUGGUUUUGUUGCGGGUGUGAUAGGCAGAGAAAGGAUACCCAACUUUGAGAGGAUGCUGUGGAGAGUUUGCCGUGGCAACGUGUUCCUACGGCAGGCAGACAUUGAAGACCCACUGGAGGACCCCACCACAGGCGACAAUGUGCACAAGUCUGUGUUCAUCAUUUUCUUCCAGGGUGACCAGCUGAAGAAUAGAGUGAGGAAGAUUUGUGAAGGGUUUCGGGCUUCUCUGUACCCCUGUCCCGAGACCCCUCAUGAGAGAAAGGAAAUGGCAGCUGGAGUGAACUCUCGAAUUGAUGAUCUCCAAAUGGUACUCAAUCAAACGGAGGAUCACAGGCAGCGAGUGCUGCAGGCGGCUGCUAAGACUGUGCGUGUGUGGUUCAUCAAAGUGAGGAAGAUGAAGGCCAUUUAUCACACACUGAACCUCUGCAACAUCGAUGUCACUCAGAAAUGUCUGAUUGCGGAGAUCUGGUGCCCUGUGUCAGAUCUAGACACCAUUCAGUUUGCACUCCGACGGGGCACGGAAAAAAGCGGAUCCACUGUUCCUUCCAUCCUAAACAGAAUGCAGACCAAACAGACGCCACCCACCUUCAACAAAACCAACAAGUUCACCUCUGGCUUUCAAAGCAUCGUUGAUGCCUAUGGCAUCAGCAACUACCGCGAGAUUAACCCAGCUCCAUACACCAUCAUCACCUUCCCCUUCCUGUUUGCGGUCAUGUUUGGUGAUUUGGGUCACGGUGCCCUCAUGACCUGCGCUGCACUCUAUCUAGUACUGCGAGAGAGCCGGUUAAUCGCCCAGAAAAAUGAAAACGAGAUGUUUCAAAUGGUGUUUGCUGGCCGGUACAUUAUUCUUCUGAUGGGAGUGUUUUCUGUGUAUACUGGAAUCAUCUACAAUGACUGUUUCUCAAAAUCUCUCAAUGUCUUCGGCUCUGGCUGGAGCGUCAGGCCCAUGUUUGGAGUUAAGGGAGCCAACUGGACGUUUAAGACUUUAGAGGAAAACAGAUUGCUGCAGUUAGACCCUGCUGUGCCAGGAGUGUUUGGUGGACCCUAUCCCAUCGGCAUUGACCCAAUUUGGAACAUUGCCACCAAUAAGCUGACUUUUCUAAACUCCUUCAAGAUGAAGAUGUCCAUCAUUCUGGGAGUCAUCCAUAUGCUUUUUGGAGUUACUCUUAGCCUCUUCAAUCACUUGUAUUUUAAGAAGCCUCUGAACAUCUACCUGGGCUUUAUUCCUGAGAUCGUCUUCAUGACCAGCCUGUUUGGGUACCUGAUGUUGAUCGUCUUCUACAAGUGGACGGCAUACGAUGCCAGGAGCUCAAAAGACGCCCCCAGUCUUCUUAUAGCCUUUAUCAACAUGUUUCUUUUCAGCUACAACGAUCCCACCAACAAACCUUUAUACAGGGGACAGAUGGUCAUUCAGUCUCUGUUAGUUGUUACAGCUAUCGCCUGUGUGCCAUGCAUGCUUAUAGUAAAGACCCUAGUUAUGCGCAGGCAAUACCUCUGGAGGAGACACCUGGUAAGAACUUGUCUUCAACGCUCGGAGUACUGUUUUUUUAUUAACUCCCAAAAGAUAUUUCGGAUUCUUGUAUGGUGGCUUGGCUAUACGUUUGACAUUGGCUUACCUAUGACUGCUUCCUCACAGGGAACACAGAAUUUUGGGGGAAUUCGUGUGGGUAACGGCCCCACAGAUGACGAAGCUGGGAUCAUACAACAUGACCAGCUUGCCCAGAAUGUGGAAGAAGAGCCUGAGCAAUCUGAAGAGGAAGUGUUUAAUUUUGCAGAUGAAGCGGUGCAUCAGGCCAUUCAUACUAUAGAAUACUGCUUGGGCUGCAUUUCAAACACAGCCUCUUAUCUACGGCUCUGGGCACUGAGUCUGGCCCACGCCCAGCUGUCUGAGGUCUUGUGGUCUAUGGUGAUGCACAUUGGCUUGGCAUCUAAGAAUUUAAGUGGAUUCAUUGGCCUGUCAUUCAUCUUUGCCUUCUUUGCAACGCUGACAGUGUGUAUUCUCUUGAUCAUGGAAGGACUGUCUGCCUUCUUGCAUGCCCUCAGGUUGCACUGGGUGGAGUUCCAGAAUAAAUUCUACACCGGACAGGGCUUCAAGUUUAUGCCCUUCACUUUCGACAGCAUUCUGGAGGGCAAGUUUGAAGACUAAACCACACCCACUUUUUCCUCUCUUCCAGCUGCAACAACCCUAAAUUAAGAGAGCCAAUCAGAAACAAAAACCAGAUUUGAUCAUUUCUAUGAACAUUGUGAUAAAAAUCGACAUUGGCUCUACAUUUUUUAGGUGUUCUACAUCAGGAUGUAAAUGGAAUAAUUUACAGGUUAAUUACAUGUGAAUGACGGAGCUAGAAUUGCGUAACAUGUUUAUUACAUAACUUCAUUUAAUAUGAUUUCAUAACUUAAGUUAUAUGUACUUUUCAUAAGAACACGUAGCAAAUAACAGCAUAUAUGUUUGUUUUGAAUACAUUAGUAAGGGAUGCAGAUUUCUUCAAUGCCUCAUAAAUUUGUACCUUGUACAUCCUGAUUCUCUUUUUCCCAGUCCCUUAAAUUAUUAGUUAUUUUAUGCAAUGAGACUUUGUGUACUGAGUUCCUGUCAUACAGAGAUGAUUAUGUCAUCAGUCAUAUCUAAAUGAACGUUCCGGAUAAUGCCAUGAAUAAACCGGAUUUAUCACACAUCAGCAAAUUUCACAAAUCAACACUUACAAACUUAGUGUUGUUGUGUUUUAUUUGGGAUUUAAUUGUUUUGCUGUUUUGUUUUUGAAUGCUGUUUUUCUUCAUGUUAAUCUGUUCGGUGCAAUGCUCAUGUUUGGUUGUGUACAUGCCCAUGCCCAUCCUCCUAAAGAAGAUGUGUUGGUGUCCUAGAUGUCAAAUGCAGUCCAGUGAGUUUUUGAUUAAUUUAUUAGAACAAGUAGAUGCAGAUGCAGCCGUUGACGCGAAGUGAUUUCUCUAUUUUGUUUGUCAAUAAAGAGAAAGGGGUGGACCGGAACGGAUGAUUUAGUAUUCUUAUUUUUAAGUUAAAAUAGCUGUCUUUCAUAUGUAAAACAAAUAGAUAUUCUAUCUGUGUCAUAGGAAACAUUAAUUAAAUAUAAAUGGUAAUAUACAUUUUAAGAUGAAAGUAAUGUUUCUGAUAAUAUAUGUAUGUAAUUACAAUGUUUUCAGUGUUAUUGAUUUGUAUAUGGUUGUUUUGUUUAAUAAAUGUCGCUUUAUGUCAAA